AAACUAGCAUAUGCAGUAGGUUGGCUGUAGAGGAUAAAUAGAGGCAUGGUACACCAGACCCGCUCCUUUUUCAUGCAGAGGAAGACUGAACAAGAGCUGCUGCAAGUUUUUUUUUUUCUUUUGCCAAAGAAUCGUUUCAGGGGAGUGUUGCUUUUGUCUAUGAGGCGUUCCUGUUUAAUGGCAGUAAAUCAGAUUACUAGUUCAAGCUGAAAGUUUCUUCCACACUCUUUUUUCACUUGGAAUCGAGCAAUGAGGUCUCUUCUCCUCACCGUUUGUUGCUUUUCAGUUUUCCACCUGGAUGCAUCCCAGGUUCUCGAAGUGAACGGCCAGGUUGGAGGAAAUGUCUCCAUCCACUGUUUUGAUAGCUGGUCUGCAGUCAACAUUUCAGAGCUGGACAGUGUGCAUUUCUGCAAUGGUAUCUGCUCUGCUGAAAACACCAUCCUUCAGAUGGAGAUGAUGAGCUCUUCUGUAAAAUUGGAUGGGAGAUACAGCAUGGAGUUGGAUGGAGAAGACGGGGUCUUUACUGUGACAAUAAACAAACUAAAGAGAACCGAUACUGGCAGUUAUCUCUGUGCAAUGAGUAGAAGCUUAAAACUCACGUUCCAAGAAGUUAGUCUAAAAGUGGUUGAUGUUUCCACUGUUCCUGCUGGAUCCCCUGAAGCCCCCAAUACCACCCAGCAGGCAGGGCUACGCUCUCCCAGAGGCAGCUUUCCAUCAAGCGAUGAAGCAUCUCACGUUACAAUCAUGCCACCAUCUUCAGACAGGAAAAGAAGACAGAAAGAAGCAAACCACCUAACAGACACAAUGGUUGUCAUAAUCAUCUCUGGAAGCCUGGCUUUUCUGGUUUGUGCCAUUAUCCCUCUUAUAUUCUACAGACGGUGGCGAAAUAUAGCAGGUCAAAACAAACAUGCAGAAAAUAUAAAUGCGAAUGACUGCUGUCAGGAAAAUGUAGAUACAGCUUCCACUCAAAUAGCAGUGGGCGUUCAGACUUCAGAAGAGGAUCCUCCAAAAUCUGAGGCAGAGGACAACCUCCAGUACGCUGAGGUCUAUGAGGGGCUGGAUCCCAAAACCCUCGAAUGAGCAGGAAUUAUUCAGUUUCUUUGCUGUUUUUUAUUGUGAAACUAACACACUCUAUUCUAUGUGAAAUCAUAACAUCUCUUUGAAUAUCCCUCCGUACUAUCUGUUGCUAAAGUUGUAGCGUUUCUAGAGUGAUAGCUGAGCUUAAACAAAUUCUAAGAACAACACAAAGAAGCAUGCAGCUGCAUGGGCCUCAUCCAAACAUGCAUAUAUUAACAGCGUGCAAAGUCGAACUAUUAACUGGAUGCACACACAGAAAUGCUUUUGUAAAAUUACCAAAAUAAAUACACAGCUAAGCUUGUUUGACCUUCAGGAAUAUGCAGAACAUAUUGAUAAUCAGGGCAUGCAAAAUUGAGAAGCAUGUGCUAAAAAUUGAAAUUACUUAGAACAAGCAACGUGAUUCGUAAACCAUGAAAGGGAUGGUGGGUGUAGUGUCUGCUUCUACAGUUUAUUUAGUCCUUUGACCGUCAGGUAAAACUUACACGCAAAAAUGUCUGUUGUCAUCAGGAGAAGGAGACAUAAGUGCAACCACAGACAAUGGAAAGAAAAUGUGACAUAUGUAUAUUAAUUUAUUUGG